AACCUCUAUUCUUGACCUUGACAAAAACAAUAACAAUGGUGUUAUUACUUACUUUAUUCUCCAUAAUAGCCGCAUUUAAAUUUAAAACCUACUGCGAAAUGUGAUUCACCAUGCAUGAAAAGAACCACCUCAUCAGCAUUAUUAUACCAAUUUAUAAUGGGGCCCCAUGGAUAAGACGAUGUUUUGAGAAUAUCCUUAAACAAACAGCCAUAGGAGUGUUGAAGCUUGAAAUAUGCGUGUGUGACGACUGUAGUAGUGACAACACACCACAGUUAUUAGAAGGUUGGAAAACCACUUUUGAGAAUUUUGAAGUCCCAUUUAAAAUGUAUAGAAAUGAGGAUGGUAAUAAAGGGGUUGGCAGUUCUAAAAACAAAGCAGUCAGUAUUAGUUCAGGAGAUUUCUUAUGUUUUCAAGAUGUAGAUGAUGUAAUGCUUCCUGACCGAAUUUUAAAGCAAUAUGAGAGGGCACUAGAAGAAACUACUGAAACUAUCAUAGGAUGUCAAUUUAAAAGGGAACCACAAAAUUCUACAGUGAGAUAUACAAAUUGGGCAAAUACCUUAACACCAGCCCAAUUGAAUCUGCAAGUUUUUACAUCACAUGGGCCUACAGUUAUUAUGCCCACUUGGUUUUGCAGUAGAAAAGUUUUUGACAGGGUAGGUGGUUUUUUUGAGUGUAAAAAAGGUUGUCCAGAAGAUUUGGUAUUUUUUAAUAAACAUUUGGACCUUGGAGGUAAAAUAGCCAGGGUAGAUGAAGUAUUAUUAGUUUAUACGUUUCACCUUAAUCAAACUACAUUCUCUAUAGAUGAGGACACAAUUUGGAAUAUAAGAGUAGAACGUUUGCAGCAAAUUGUACUGUCAAAGUGGCCUAAAUUUACCAUUUGGAAUGCCGGUAAACAAGGACGGAAAUUUUAUAAUUCUCUAUCAGAAGAAAACCAGGAGAAAACUGUAGCGUUUUGUGAUGUAGACUUAAAUAAAAUUGGAAAAAAAUACAGUCCAUUUAAUGACGUUCAAAAGCAAUUUGGCAGAGAAAUUGAGAUAAUACAUUUUCGUGAUGCUGUUCCUCCAUUUGUUAUUUGUAUGAAAAUUGAUUUGACACAAGGAGUUUUCGAAAGUAAUUUGCGUACUUUACAGCUUAAAGAAGGCAUGGAUUAUGUUAUGUUUAGCUAGAGUAUAUUUAUUAUAUUACUUUUGUUUGUUA